AUGGAAGAACAGGGAUGGAUGAAUCGGGUGGCCCAGUUGCUGAAUUUAUGGGAGAUCCGGGUCGCGGUCCUUUCGAGCUUCGUCGCACAUCUUCUACUCGUGCUCCUCUCCAGCAUCCGUCGGCGUAAAGCCUCUGGAGUGCUGAUGCUCAUCCUUUGGCUGGCAUACCAGUUCUCCAGCUGGGUCGCUCCAUACACUCUCAGCAACCUGUCCCUCGGCAACACUUCGUCACGGAGGCAGCAGCUGGUGGCCUUCUGGACGACGUUCCUCCUGCACCAUCUCGGCGGCAGUGAUAACAUCAGCGCCUUCUCCCUAGAGGACAAUAAGCUCUCUGCGCGCGAAGCACUUAAUGUCAUCUCGCGGGUUGCUGGAGCCAGCUAUGUCCUAUACAAGCAUGUGUACAUUGGUGGCGGAGGCGGGACUUUGAUCCAGGUGUCCAUCAUCAUUUUCGCCAUCGGUGCUGCCAAGUACCUGGAGAGGGCAUGUGCACUGUGGCAAGGCAACUUGGGCAACAUCUCGAGCUCGAGCAAAAAGAAGCAAGCAAGUAGACUGUUCACUGGUGGUUCGUCGAUCAGAACAGGAACGGAUUGUCAGCUGGACGAUGAGGAUGCCCUUAUGGUCGCACAUGACAUGCUCCCGCUCUGCAAGCGUGCCAUGGCUGAUUCUUCGGUCGACACCGAGUCACCUGAGAAUAAUAACCUUGAUACAAGCAGGAAAAUAUUCACUAUGAGGUGGGACAAGACGUGCAAGGUGGUGGAGAUGGAGCUCUCACUCAUGUAUGACAUCCUCUACACCAAGGCGGCCGUCAUCCACACUCCGCUUGGAUACAGCAUCCGUGUCGCCUCACCUCUCGCCAUUGGCGCCGCGACUGUGCUCUUUGGGUUCUACUACAACAAAGAAGGCCAGACCAUACCGGAUGUGAUUAUCACCUACGCCUUGCUGGUAGUUACUCUCCUCCUGGAUACUAGAUGGCUGUUGCGGGCACUGGGGUCAACCUGGACGCACGCAUUCUUGGAUGCUAGGCCACAGUCCUGGCUUCACCAUGAGCUUUUGUGCUCUGGGAGAUGGCGCCGGCUCCGUCAUUUCGUUGUUUCUCUCGAUCUUGGCCGGCUAUGCCUCACGGGUCCUCCAAGGAGUCCAAGUAGCCACAGAAGGUGGUCCGGCACUGUUGGGCAGUACAGCGUGCUGCAAGAGUGCAUGCGGAAGAUCAGUGUUUGCAGCGCAGCAGCGAAGGCGAUCGGAUUGGAAGAUGUUUGGAAUGAAUACCAGCACUCCAAAGGACACAAGUUUUCACAAGAUGUCAAGCGGGUGGUGUUCACAAGGGUAAGCAAAGUUCUGAGGUCAACAUACGAGGAAGACAAUGAUGGCAGCUACUCUAUGAAGGACAUCACGACGUCCUGGGGUCAGGAGACAGCCAAGAGGUACAAGGAGAAAAAUACCCCGAAGGGUGAGGAGGAGAAAUUCGUUCUGGCCUUUGGCCGUGAAUUCCAGGAGGACAUCCUUGUGUGGCACAUCGCCACCAAAAUUUUCCUCGUCCAUGCAGAGAAGAAAGGGACCCUUGUCGACGCGAUCGUUGCGCUGUCCGAGCAUCUCGUGUUCCUCAUGGCCGUGCGCCCGUACAUGCUACCCGGCCUUGCACUCCGCAGCCUGUAUGAAGCAACCCUCAAAUCUUUGCAGGGGUUAUGUUCCAGUAGUCGGACAACUGGAGAGGAGAAGCUUGCAAGGAUCCUGGUCAACAAGGACGAAGAUGGCAACUGGAUUUUCCAUGAAGAAACAACUCUUCUGGUCUUGGAGGGGGCUAAUAUUGCGGUGGAGCUGCUCAAGGCUGACGAUUUGAACAUGCCAAAACUGUUGGAGCUCGUCUUCAACAUUUGGGUGGAUAAGCUGUUGUAUGCAGGCACCCGAUGCAGCAGGGAAUCCCAUGCCAGGCAGCUCGGCCGUGGCGGUGACCUCACCACCAUUGUAUGGAUUAUGGCAGAGCAUGCUGGCCCGUUUAGAACUGGCGAAGAUGGUCCAGAUGUUGACUGUGAUGAGAUGCCAGCUGAUGAAAAGCAACGAGCAGAAAAGAAGAAGCCAGAUGAAAAGAAGCGAGAUGAGAAGAAGUCAGAAGAAAAGAAGAAGGCAGACGAAAAGAAGGAUGGAGAUAAAUAUGAACCGCAAGCAGAAUGGUCACCUUACCCACCUCAGUUUCCUUUCUACCCAACAUACGGAGGACUACCGAUGUUUCCACAGAUCCCAGAGGACCAGCAGGCAUACGGUGGAGCAUGGACGGAUCAGCCGACACCCGACAGACCACCGGUAGCCGCGCUGACUCCGCCCAAACCACCCAAAGGCCGCCGUAGAAGGUAUGCUACGCUGUAUCCAGUGUAG